UUUACUAACACCGCGCCUGAUUGAUGCAACUUCCUUUCUACUCCGCACACUCAAGAUGGCACCGGUACGUGAAAAGAGCUCGACAGAAAAACCCUUCUUAUCAUUGUUAAUUUCACUUUUACUUAACAAAAUGUGCACCAUUUUACAUCUCAAAAUGUAUUUCUGGAGUUAUGUGAUGAAAUAAAGCAAGAAACUACUCGCCAUUCAAUAGGCAGCUAGGCUAAGCUAGCUAGCUAGCAUUAUACGUGUUCAGUUUCAAAGUUAUCAUUGCUGUAAAGCAACGUCUGCCAAACUCGGUCUUGGGGACCUCAAAGGGGUGCGCGUUUUGUUUUUUGCCCUAACAUAUCCGCGGGAAGAUGUUUUCAGUUGUGGGUGCUGAUAAGUGAUAUAAUAAUGCAUUCUAAUAGAUAUUUUGCCUCACCGGAUUUGCCUCGUGGUAUACAGUUUCAUCAAGCGUUUAGGAUUUAAACACGUGGGGAAAUCUUAGUAGGGUCCAGAAGAAUUUUGGGCUUUUGUAAACUUAUUUCAUGCAAUUCUACUUCAUUUAGGCCUACAUGACAUACCAUUUUUAAUACUACACAAAUGAGUGGCUACUCUGACAGAAAUAAAAACUACCUGGGCCCGGUUUCCCAAAAGCAUCUUAGGCUAAAUUGUUGGAACCAUAGGAUCCUAUCGUUCUAAAAAUUAAAACGGCCUUAAGAUGUUUUUGGAAAACUGGGCCUUGGUCUUGACCUGGCCCAGGGCCAAUAAAAAGGGAGACAAAUUGUACAAUAUUAGGAGGAAAUAUACAUUUUAUAGGCUAUUAAAUCAACUUCCCAGUGGCACUGACUCACCAUAUGAUGAAAAUAACAUGAAUAUGUGUAGCCUUCUCACCAUACCAGUGAUGGUCUCAAGAUAGGCCUGAGCUACUUUGAAAAAGCAGUGAUGUUUGUAAGUUGAGAAAAAAAAUUGUAACUUCAACUGACAAAUUAGUAUUCUCUUUUCAGCAGUAGUGAUUUGCUUUCCAAUCGUAUUUCCUGCGAUUGUAGUUUGAAAUUAGCAAAAGCGCUUUAUCUGUUCACUGACAGCGUGAAGUACAAUCUGUAGAAAUAGAAUCCAUAGAACAAAAAUUAAAAAACUGAGUUUUUUAAAUGUUCGGAGAACGGAAGUGAAAAUGUAGCCUGUUUUGGGAAUGUAGAUUUUUAGGUUGCAGGGAGGUUCUGAGACGGUUUUUCUAUGGUCCUACGGUUUUCCUUGGAGGUUUUAUUAACGUUCAGAGAACAGAAAAACAUAGGUUACUAUGUACACAGCUGAUUCAAAUAAUGAACUCGUCAGGGUCCCCUGUAGCUCAGUUGGUAGAGCAUGGCGCUUGCAACGCCAGGGUUGUGGGUUCGUUUCCCACGGGGGGCCAGUAUGAAAAAUGUAUGCAGUCACUAAACUGUAAGUCGCUCUGGAUAAGAGCGUCUGCUAAAUGACUAAAAUGUAAAUGUCAAGUUUUGAUUAUUUGAAUCAGCUGUGUAGUGCUAGGGCGAAAACCAAAAUGUGCAGCCCUCGGUCCACCCCAGGACUGAGUUUGGGAAACGCUGCUCUAAAGUAAUUUCCGAGCAUAGAUUAGAUGUUUUCCCAAUUAAAAAUAUUUGUUUAAUUUACAAGUAUACAUUUGGCAUCCUCUUUUCACUAGCUAUGGCAUAAAUACGUUUGAUCUAACUUUGGAUUGAGGGUCAGUGUGAAUUAGAUCCAUUUGCUAUUCUCAUUCCACGGAGGGCCGAGUGUCUGCAGGAUUUUGCUCCUCCCUUGUACUUGAUUGAUUAAUGAAGGUCAGUAAUUAGUAUGGAACUCCCCUCACCUGGUUGUCUAGGUCUUAAUUGAAACGGUAAACUAGCAGACACAAAGCCCUCUACGGAAUGAUUUUGACACCCCUGCGUUACACUACUCUAGUCUGGUGAAAGCUGAGUCAUGUUGGCAUGAUACCUAUUCUAUCCUCUUGAGAGCCAUGGUUUAGAAUCAGGAGUAACAUUAGAUGGAGGAACGCCUGUCAUGGCGAUCCGAGUCAUAGUAGAAUAAUUCCUGUCCUUUUUAUAUUUCUAUGAUCUGAAUGCCAUGGUUUUGUGUUCCCUAGCUAAAGCAGAAGAAACAGACUGUGGUCAAGAGGACCAAAAAGGGUGUGUCCUGGAAGUUUACCCUGGACCUGACCCACCCUGUGGAGGACGGCAUUCUGGACUCGGCCAACUUCGUAAGUUACCGGCCCUACUUCGCCUGACACCACCAGGCUACUCGUCCUCCUCAUCAUUAAACAGGCUAAGGAUAUUAUACUUUGUUAUGUUUGCCUAACUCUGUGUGUGGACUAGGGUUCCAUUCCCUAGCUGACUAGGGUUCCCUUCCCUAGCUCAAACCCUAGGGUUCUCUUCCCUAGUGUCACUAUGCUCUGUCCAACAGGAAACCUUCCUCAAAGAGAGGGUAAAGGUCAACGGCAAGACAGGAAAUCUGGCAAAUGUUGUCGAGAUCGCCCGCCUGAAGAACAAGAUCAAUGUCACCUCACAGAAGCAGUUAUCUAAGAGGUGAGCUAUUGGUGUCCAUAGUCUACUACUCAGCAUGCUCAAUAUUAACUCCAUUGAGCAUGCCUUUUUUUAACCAGGAGUAGGUUUGAGAAACAUCCUGGCCUCUACCCUUUAGGACAGGGCUGAAGUGUUCUUCUCCCCUUCUUUGACGUCAAACUCAUUCUCCUCUCCCAUUGGUCCACAGGUACCUGAAAUACCUGACCAAGAAGUACCUGAAGAAGAACAACCUCCGUGAUUGGUUGAGAGUCGUGGCGUCGGACAAGGAGACCUACGAGCUGAGAUACUUCCAGAUCAGCCAGGAAGAGGAGGAGUCGGACAAUGACGAGUAG